CGCCUGCCUGUGACACAAUAACACGGGAAGCUGGGGGGGGCGGGUGGGGGGGUGGGGGGAUCCGAGCCUGCCGAGGGGAAAAGUGACCUGCCCCGCUCAGGCCGGCGGCGAUGGAGGAGGGCAUGAGCAGCAUGCAGCAGAAAGCGGCGGAGCUGGAGCACAUGGCCGAGGUCCUGCUCACCGGCGAGCAGCUCCGGCUCCGGCUGCAUGAAGAAAAGGUCAUUAAAGAUCGGCGACAUCACCUCAAGACAUACCCCAACUGCUUUGUUGCCAAAGAGUUGAUCGACUGGCUGAUCGACCAUAAAGAAGCCUCUGACCGAGAGACAGCAAUUAAACUGGUGCAGAAAUUAUUGGAUCACAGCAUUAUCCACCAUGUCUGUGAUGAGCAUAAGGAAUUUAAGGAUGUCAAACUGUUCUACCGCUUCCGAAAAGAUGAUGGGACAUUUCCACUGGACAACGAGGUGAAGGUAUUCAUGAGAGGACAAAGACUAUAUGAAAAGCUGAUGAGUUCUGAAAAUACUCUGCUGCAAGCCAGGGAAGAGGAAGGAGUCAAGUAUGAACGGACCUUCGUGGCAUCGGAGUUCAUUGACUGGCUGAUCCAGGAAGGAGAGGCCACAACACGGACUGAAGCAGAGCAGCUCGGUCGCAGACUUUUGGAGCAUGGGAUUAUCCAGCAUGUGUCCAACAAGCACCAUUUUAUGGACAACAACCUGCUCUACCAGUGCAGAAUGAAUUUCCGCCGCCGGCGGCGAUUAAUGGAGCUCCUCACUGAGAAAUCCCGCUUGAUGCCAGAAAGCCACGACAGCCCGUUUUGCCUGCGCAAGCAGAACCAUGACAACAGAAAACACACCAGUUUUCUCUCAGUGAGUCCCACCAAGGAGAUAAAGAUUGUGUCGGCAGUACGGAGGAGCAGCAUGAGUAGCUGUGGCAGCAGCGGGUACUUCAGCAGUAGCCCCACACUCAGCAGCAGUCCUCCUGUGCUCUGCAACCCCAAAUCCGUAUUAAAGAGACCCGUGACUGCUGAUGAGCUCUUGAUGCCUGGAGCCCCAUAUGUAAGAAAAACUUUUACGAUCGUUGGUGAUGCGGUGGGGUGGGGCUUUGUGGUGCGGGGCAGCAAGCCCUGCCACAUCCAGGCUGUGGACCCCAGCGGGCCGGCAGCUGCCGCUGGGAUGAAGGUUUGCCAAUUUGUCGUAUCUGUCAAUGGCCUCAACGUUCUCCAUGUGGACUACAGGACAGUGAGCAACCUCAUCCUGACUGGCCCUCGAACGAUUGUGAUGGAGGUGAUGGAAGAAAUAGAGUCCUGAGAAGGAAAAAACCUCUUACAGGACACUUUUGUGAGAGAAAUAGCGACAACUGGUGGAGCAGCAUGACACAAGGAGGAAGAAUGUUGCUGUGUCUAAAUAGAUGAUUUUGCUUUUAGGGGAGGGGGGCUGUCUUCAUUUAACAAUAAUAGCACUGGUGGUGAUGCUAAAAAGUGGACAAUUGAUACCAGCAUGUUUUCACUAAGGACUUUUCUUUGCCCAACGGAGACAAGGUUAAGGCCUUUAGUUUGUCUGUCCAGCCAUGUCUGCGUCGGUCAGAAUGGUUUCCCACCUGAGAGGCUGUGCAGAUAUCCUCACGGUCCACACUGGAUCAGAGCACUUCAGGAGAUGAAAGAACCAAACACUGUGGGGUUAGGAUGUCACAGAUGGUUUGCAAUAUCAUAUUUACGUCAGUAGACAUCCUCCUGGUGUCCAGCUUUGUUCGAGGAGCGUGUGCUGUCACAGUUGCUCUCUUCUCGGGCGAGGGGCAGCUGACUCAAUGCUGGCUUGAUUGCAAUCAAACACGAAUGAACUGCAGAUGCAUGAAAAAAAAAAGUGUCCAUUCUCUGCAGAGGAUACUCUGGUAUGAAUGCUUGGGUCUGACUGAAUACAUGGUUUAGUCUAGAAAGAAAAAUUCUGCAAAUAGAAAAGCGUGCGGUACUUUCACAAAAUCUGCCUUUGAAAAUUGGACUUUUUCUUUUAGAUGCCAACACUGGCUUAGGUGCUCAAGUAUAAAAUAUUGAUUUUGGUUCUUUCCUUAUCUGUAAAGGAAAGGUGUCUCAGCCUUGCUGUUCAUCACUUUGGAGAAAUUUUAGACACCAUUCCUGGAAGAAGAAUGUUUAGGAGGUUGAAAUGGAAGAUUCUCAGUGUUAGCAUUAGCAAUGAUACAUCCAGAUGUUCCAGUAGAGAAAGUACACUUCAAAUUGAAGCAAUGUACUUGAAUGUACAUUAAGCUUGUUAGCACUUUCCAAUCAUCUAAUGUUUUGCAAACUACAGACUUGCCACAUGAGUUGUAUUUGACACUAUUACUAAUAAAACAUUAUAUUUAACUGACA